UGGACUCUUAUAUGUUAGAAAAAGCUAUAUAUCAGAACGAUAUAAUGCUCAGUCCCACCGAUGCACCUUCUGGUUUAGAUUCUCCUAACAACAAUAUCAACGAUUUUGGUGAGAAUAUGGAUGACAUUCACAGUCCUAUCGAAGAUAUGUAUGGUGAUAAACUUCUAAUGGAAGAUGAUGGAACUCGUAUGGAAUCAGAUUCUUCUAUUGUUGAAACAAUAUCUUCUUCUCAAACAAGUCCUCCUUCAACAGCUCCUUCAUCCCCCAAUCAACAAUCUAAUUCCACCACUAACAACAAUAAUGAAUAA